CAGUUGAGCCAAACCGUAAGUCACAGGACAGAUCACAGUCUAAGAGACCUGAUUUAAUUUGCAGUGUUGUGUGUAUCUAAGUAAAGGUGUGUGUGUGGGUGUGUUGAAGUGCAGUAUAUAGUGUGCUGUGUGUCCAGUUCACUGACUGACCAGCUGUGAGAAACCCUGAGCAAACAGACGAUCAUCUAAUGAUCAACAGACAGGGAGGAGCAGUCUGUGAGAAUGAGAGAUUUGUGUGAUCUCUGCAGACGCUUUGGCUCACUAACGCAUCAUGCAGAGAGCAGAGAAAACCCUGUCACCCCAGCUGCCUUAAUGCCUGGUGAUGAUGCUGCGCUUCUGACCCCAGGAAGGAUGAGCCAGCGUGGGAAGGAGGCGGGGCUUCACACACCCAGUAAAGACCUGCUCACAAGCCCCUCCCUCAGCCCCGGCGUCAGCUACAGUCACGCCCCUCAGCCUCGCCCUCUUCAGGGUGAGUCCACCCUGCAGACGCCCUCAUGAUGAAGCCAGACGGUAUUCUGGGCCGCCGCCGGUUCUCCACCUGUGGAGGAACCAUCUCGGGGCGCCCGGCUCAUCCCGACGGACGCAAACUCAUACGCAACGCCUCGUUUGGGGGCUACAACGAGCUGUCCGUCUGCUUGCCAGGUGGGUCCAUCUCGGGAAACUUUUACGUGUUUUAUUCGUUUGGCAGAUAGUUUCGAUCGGUGCAUUCGAGCCAGGAUGGGUAUCUGGGUCUUAAAGGCUGGGCGCAGCAGCAGUCUGUUAAGUUUUAUUGUUUUGGCAGCUUGCUGUGAACUGAAUCUGGACUGCUCUCCAAACUAAAGUGCAUCCAUUAACAGACACCAUCUGUUAUUCAUUGCAUCACUGUUUUUUGAGUGUGUGACGCAUUACAUUCAUUUCAACCUUCUUAAAUACAGGUAUCCUUAUUAAAUACUCUGCAAUAUA